CCAUUAUAUAUGUGAAAGAAUUUCAAAAAGAUAUACAAUAGAGAUUUACUAAUAUUACUUUAGCUUAGGACAUGCCAAUCUGUUUCGCUACGUUAGGUACCCUAGUAUAGUUUAUAUGUCUGACGACAGAUUCAUAUUUCCCAUUAAUAUUUGUUCCAGAUGGAGGCGUGGUGGGUGGUUCGAGAGCAGGACCAGUGGUGACUCCACACACACUGGAAUUGACACCACGUGGUAGGGUUUUGCUGCAGCUUGCACCGCCGGAGACUGCUCGCGCGUACCUACCACCGGAAUAUCGACCCGGUCGGAUUUAUUCGGACACGGAUUCGGAAAAAAUGUGGAUGUAUUCUUUAGGAAGGGCGUUACUUGACACGACUCCUAGAAUAGCGGCAUUAACGGGGACCGUUUCUGUUUCGCCCUCUUCCGCUUUGCAAUCAGUGUUGGCCGCCAUGACGGAACCUGAUCCUCGCAGACGUGCCUCUUUGAUGAAUCUGCUCGACGUAAUAUCCGAAUAUUGUCGAACGCGUCUACAAGCAAGACCCUUUACACAUAUAGUGAUGGAGAUGUAUCGAGAAGUUGUGAGAUCGCCGCAAUAUGCCGCGCGAAAGCGAGCAACCUACUAUCAGCUGAACGUUCUUUGUCCUACACGAAACAUCAUCGAUCCAUCGAAUCACGAGAAAAUCUACGGCCAUCAUCAUCCGCAACGGCAGCAGGACCACGUCCAAUUGCCAUCUUUUCAACAUCAGCUUCAUGUCGGACAACAUUUAUUGGAUCAUCUGACUGUUCAGCAGCGGCAGCAGCAGCAACAACAACAGCAAGAUCACGCUCAAUUUUCGAUCAAUCAAUUUCGCUCGCUUCAACAGCAACAAAAUUACGCCCAGAACUCGCAGGAUCAUCGUCACAAUCAUCACCAUCACUAUUACACGAAGGGGGCGCAUUUCCGGACGCAAUCGCGCAAUUCCAUGUCGCAUCCUAAUCUAUCAAGCUUAUGCGGCUCGCAGCAACAGCAUGGAGAAGUUAUCACUAUGAAUGCCUGUAGAACGCAGUUUCAAUCACAAGUGGACAUCCAAAGCGGUAGUCGAUCGAUAGGACCGGCGACGACUCAUCAUCAACGUCGGAUUCAUCAUCACUCGAGAACGUAUUCGCAGCCGGUUUACACGCUGCCUCAGCACACCAGAAGCAGCGGCAAUCUACCGACGACAACCAACGCGACAGCCGACAGUAAUCCUGACAAAAAUAUUUACAACGACCCGAUAUAUGCCCUGCCGGUUAAGCCUUUCCUGAGCUCCCAGGAUGUGCGGGUCAAUGGACUAAUGGCGAAAGCGAUCCGUCGCAACGACGAUAUUCACAAUGGAUCAUCAUCGAUAAGCAGGCAUCCUUCAAACACCGGUCGCUCUCAGCCCGACGUAAUAUCGCAACCGAACGAACGCCUUCACGAGGAUAUUUAUGAACGCACACCUACGAGAAAAAUGGUUCUGCAAAGACAACAUUCGAACCCGCAACUGCCUAACAAAACGCAAGUUGAUGAUGAUUUCAAGCGAUUGUCACAACCAAGCAUCGCGACGACCGAACCUCGAUGCGUCGCGCAAAAGGAAGAACAAAUUAUUCGACAACAAAAUCCAGUGCCUUCCAUGAGGCUCAGGGGAAUCCAAGGACCCCCAAAACCACCCCGAAUUAUCACCACUCUAAGAAGAGCUGCUCUUUCCGACUCGGAAUGUAAUAGCCAGACGGAACCGCCGGCGAAACCUCCCAGAAUUAUGGUGAAAAACGGACCAAGAGCUCGGCGGGGAAAAGCAGUGCAAAGAGCACCAUCGCGCCUGUAUAGAACGGUUGGUGGACCUAUGAGAUGUUUCAAUAAAGCGCAAUGUGUAGGUCCUGAAUUUGUCGUUCGUGCCAAUCAGCCCUCAAAAACAUUGUGCGUGGGUCAAGUCAAGGCGGGCAGUUCUGGCCGGAUAGUCGUAAUAAUGCUGACAGGACAACGCGUAGAGGUAACAUGCGAUCCUCAAAAGGUCACCGCUGGAGAUUUAUUUCAGGCUAUUGUCCAAGCGGAGAGCCUAGACGAGAAUUUCACUCUGGGACUGGCUGUACUACUGGCCGGGGAUUUCGCGAUAUUACCGCCCGAUACAAAAUUAAAUAAAGUCGCACCACCGGGAUGGUUAAGCAGCGGCAAGAGCAAAAGUCUCCUGGGUCUACCGACCAGUUUCAUGCUGUACCUGCGGCUUCGAUUCUUCCUACCAUCCCUUCGUGGUAUCAGGAGCUGGAUAUCGAAGCAUCUGCUAUAUCUACAAAUAAGGCGAUGUAUAUUGGAGCAGCAAUUGGUCUGCCCCUAUUCCGAAUUAAUCAAUCUGACAGGCCUUGCACUUCAAGCCGAAUUUGGAAACUACAACGUCAAUGAGCACGGCUGUGGGCAUUAUUUCCUCCUCGAGCAUUACGUGCCGGAGUCCUUGAUAUUGAGCGCAGACCGGCAUCAAUCGCAGCCCUGCGUCGACGCCAAUACACUUCGGGCGCAGCUACACCGGGCUCACCGCGAUCGCCGUGGCUUAGACUCGAACAAAGCCGAGGAGAUGUUCAUAACUCACGCACAGUCCCUGCCGGAUUACGGCUCACACUACUACAUCGCUACGGUGGACUCGAAGGAGCUCGAGAAGCUAAUGGCACAGCAGAGGAAAGGGAAGAGGACCGUGUCCGACAACCGCGACGUCGUGUCGUCGCUCGACGGCGCGGAAAACGCUUAUCGUCAGAAGAAGUCUGCAGAACAGAAAGCCUGUCCUGCUUACGGCAACAUCGGGAUCCCGCGAUUAGGCUCUCGCGAGAACGCGCCGAUGAUUCCUUACACGGACAAGCACGCAAAAAGCGCGAGAUUGUACCACGACGAAAUGUGCAAUAAUAAGAACAAUAAUAACAAUACUAUCAUUAAUGGCAUUAACGGCAAUAACAAUAAGAAUAAGACCGGCAAGAGGAAAACGGAGAGCAACGUGUGGCUGGCGAUACACGCUCAAGGCUUGAAGCUGCUGGAACGAGGAGGAGAGCCGAGGGAGAGAACGGAACUGGCUCACUUUCAGUGGCGGGAUGUGCAAACGUUGAGUUACAGCAAAAGUUGCCUAGUAGUGUAUAGCAAGUUGAACGGGAAACGAUGCAAGUUCAAGCUACGGAUGGAUCAUCGAAAAAGUUACUUCGCCUUUAAGCUAACUUCCCUGCAUCAUCAGUUCUUCCUAAGGCUUCGUUCGGAGCUUACAUCGCUCCAGGGUCUCGCGAAAGAUUUUGGAGUACCCCUGACAACGGAAACCAAACCAUCGCCAUUGAAAGUCAAGAUCAAUGACGGUAAAACUAAAAUAGCGAUUGCAAAUACAGUCAAGGUGCAAAAGAAAAUGAAUUAUCCAAUGCAAUUGGAGGAGUAUCAAAAUAAGGAGAACGAAAAUCCUCAGAAGGACAAUAACGUGGUGGCAACGAAAGACGUCGGUCGUGAACCCGGCUUUUAUUCGUCCGAAGAAGAUGCUCUUUACGCGCAAGUAAACGUGCGACUGGAGCCAGAAGGUCAAUCGCGAGACACAGAAGAGGAAUCGGAGAGAGGUUUAACGACGCCAAAUGAGAUUUUGUUGGAACCUAAAUCAAGCUUAUUGGAAACGAAAUCGAAGGACGAUAAACUCUACGGUUCCCCUCAUAUAGACAGCGAGACUGAAACUGAAUGCACGUAUUCGCUCCCGAAAACAAUAUCGAACAACAUCAAUCAACUGGAUAAACCUAACAAUCCUGAAGAAUUAUACGCCGCUAUUAAUAAGGUGCGUCUAUCGGGAAAGAGCAAGUUUCCUGUUCCGGACGAAGUUUGGAAUGUAUCAGACGUAAGAAAAACACUACAAAAGAUGAAGACAUCUAGUUUACCGAAUUAUGGCGCGCCAAAACAGUCGGGUGGUUUUCGUACACCCAGCUUACCACGUCGAUUGGGCGUGAAAAUGGGAACUCGAGCGAUCUACAGCAGCUUGGUGCAGAAAGAUAUCGCGCUUACCGACGACACGGAAUCGCUAUCAUUAAAAUCCGAUACCGAAUCGUCCAUUCAAUCAAUAUCAGCGCGAUCCACCGAAUCACCCAUGCCGGAAGCAUAUGUGCUAAAUGCCGAUAUACGAACCGACGACGAAACUUUUCGAGUUCCGGAAGACGAAUCGAUGUCGGCAUCUUUAAUGGCUCGUUUAGAAGAGCUGUCGUUUGCCGAGGAACGAGUUUUACACACGAUCAAGUUGGAACGCGGCCACGGUGGCAGCAUAGGUUUACAAGUGAUGGAGGGUAAUGGCGGCAUUUACGUUCAGGCGGUCUCUGUUGGCGGAUCAGCUGAUAUGGCCGGGAACGUCAAUAAAGGUGACCGGAUCGUAGCAAUAAACGGUCAGAAUCUGCUCAACCUUCGAUAUGAGGACGCUCUGAAGAUGCUGCAGAGCUCAUCUGAAACGGUCGAGUUGGUUCUCUCGCAACCCGCUAACCGAAAGAAUAUAGAAUUGAGAGAUGACCAGGGUCCUAUAGAGAACCAUUACUUACAUGACAUCAAAUUCGACGUGUCAUCAGAGGCGGAAACGUCCAGUAUAAUGAACAAAUGGAUCGUUCAGAAAACCACGGAUGUAGCGUCAGUGCAGAACACCUCGAGCGCAUAUAGUAGUGCCGCGUCCAGCGCGAUGGGCAAUCAUAAUAAUGCGAACAGUCUAUAUAUGACUGAUUUCGUUGACAAUAACGCGCUAAAAUCUGCCAAUAACGGAAAAUCGACUGAUCCACCCGUGCCACCGCAACGAACAAAACGUAAGAACAAACCUGCACCGAUCGCGUCAUCGAUAACGAGAAGCGAUGCAACGGAAGCGACAAACGACGAUGCAAGAUCUCGGCAAAAAAGUCCGUUGCAGCCGCUCCUGUCAGAAAAAUGUCAAUGGAACAAAUCUCGAUCUGCCGUCGAAAAUCGCGACCCGCAAUGCGACAUCGCGGCGAGCUAUUCGAAGGCCGAAAGUAUCAACGAACGAUUCCGUCGCGAGAACUGCAACGACGACAUCGCCACGGAUAUGAUCGAAACGAACUCUCCACAAUCGCGCGACGACGAUACGAUAUUCGCGAGAAAAAUCCCAUCGAGAAUCGACAAAGCAAACGACGACCUAGUUCCGGCAAAGUCGGCCGCUUUGAAACCGCCACUUCUGCCUUUCCCCGACAUCGCAUUACCUAAGCGAAGAACACUUGACAAAUAUCCGCCUCUUUUUUUCACGCUACAUGAUUUCGAAGAUGUAAUGUGUGCCGCGUCUCCGUGGGACGGAGAUAAAAGCGCGCCUUCAGCGACCCUCGAGGAAAAAUCGUCGACGGCGCAAAUAUUGGAUGACGAAGAUGAUAUCUCUUUUCGCGUGACGACGACGAAUCUUCCAUUCGAAAAGUGCCUAGGUAGAUGGAGAGACUCUUUCGAUAAUGAUGAGUUCAUAGAGAAACUCGAUUACUACCGACUAGACAAUAACAAAAAUAAAAGCGAUCGGACGAAAAGAUUAUCUAGUUUUGACAGUUCUGAUAACGAUUAUCGUACAGGCACAAAAGUACGAUUCGUAAUCGACUCGUCUCCUUCCAAACACUACGAUAAUAUAAAAAUCGAUGUGCCACGUGAUAAUUUACAAAGCUGCGAAUCCGUUUUUGACGAUGAAAAAUCUAGCAAACAAAGCAUCGCUUCUUUCGUAAAAUUAUCUGAAAUUCGAGAGGAAUGUACGGACGUAAAAGAUUGUGACGAUAAUUUGCGAGAUAAAUUAUGCGGUUCGAGUGCCGAGAGACAAAAUACCGCGACGAGAGAACACGAUCCUUUUAUGAUAACCGACACAAACGAAGUUGACAUGAAAUUAAAGACAAUUCCACAAACUCAUUAUGAUAAUAUUAAUGACGAGAAGAUUCGUAAAGAGGAUUCUAAUUUCAUAUCGUGGAACGAGCAUGUCAGCAAUGAAAAUCUCAGAAUCGGAGAUGAAAAUAUGAUGAGUACAAUAACGGAAGAAAUUAUCAUGAACGAUGAAUACGCGGUAAUAGAUCAAAGUGGGAUGUUAGAUACUUCUUCAGAAAUUGCAGACAGCAUUUAUUGCUUUACAGAUAAAAGCUUAGAAGCAGUUUGCAAUAAUGAAAAAGCAAACUCGGCAAAAAUAACUCAGAAAAGUACGCAUCGAGAAGAAGAAAUAUCUUUGAAUAAAACUGGUGAUGAUAUCAAAGAUAAGUAUAUUAUCGAAAGCGAGAAAACUUUCGUCAAUGAGUCACUUCUAAGUUUUUUAAAUAACCGCGAUGACGAUAAAUCGAGCGUUCUUACUAAUAACUUUACAAACGGAUCGUUCCGAAUCGAAGACACUCGACGAUUGUCGACGAAAGAGUAUAAAGAAAAAAGCGAUUUUGUGGAUUCUAAAUAUAAUCGCGAAGAAGCUUCGUCAUCGAAAGAGAUUUUCGCGAAAAGCGUUCCCGUGAAGAUUAGACGAAAUUCUUUUUUGGAAACUAUGUUGACUGAUAAUUCAAUAGAUACCUCCAUAAAUUAUGCAAUUUCUACUAAAACUAUAGUAUCUUCUAUGAGCAUGAAUAAAGAAUUAAGCAUACCGAAUGAAUCAGCAAAUAAAAUUCAAGAAUUGGAUAUCACGAAAAAAAAUGAAGACGUGUGUAAUUUCUAUAACAAAACGACGAAAGUAGACACGAAGAACCAAGAAGACUCUAAAAAAGCGAAAGAAAAAAUUGUCAAAGUUUCAAGCGCUGACAUAAAAUCAAUGCAAUCAGAGAAUAAAAACGCCUGUGACGUAAAGAAUGACGUCCUGAACGAGUUGCUCUGCAACUUUAGUAACAUAAAGUUAAAAAUAGUGAAUCCCGAAAAUAAGAAAUCAGCGGUGAAGAUUGACGGUGACAAAAAUAUUGCCCGCUCAAUCGCGAUGGAUAAUGGAAUUUCUAAAGAGAAAGAGAGAGCAUCCAAAUCACUUGAGAAAUCUGAAAACGAAGUUUGCGAUAUUUCUAUAAGCGCCAAGAUUACUGGCAUAAAUAAUAACAUGGCAAUCGAUAAGAAAAUCGCAAAGGAAAACCUCACGGAAAUAAACAUUGAGAAAAGACUUCAAGAUCUCGAAAAUAGCACUUAUAAUUUAGCGAUUGGUGAGAAAAUCAUAAAGAAUAAAAAUAAUGAAGUAACAAAGUUUAACGAAUCCUGUAAUAUCAAAAAUAAAACUGUGAAUGACCGAUCUAUAGAAAAGACGAUCGAAGAAAAUAUUUCGAAUAUCAGAGCAGAAGAGAUCUGCGUAAAGACAAGAGUCGAGGAAACGUCCGAAGGUAUAAAAGAUGCUGAUGAAGUUAAACAAGAAUCUAAAAAAUUGCGAGACAUUCGCGUCCCCAAGACGAUACUUAAGAAAAAUAGCGCCAAGUGCGAGCAGCAGCAGAUGAGUACGUUUCAAAAAAGAAUUCCCAUCGGAGCGCCCGCAACCAUGAAUAAGAUUUUCGAUAGCAAAGAAUUCGAGGCAAUCACAGUUGCGUCGCGCAGUCUGGAAAAUGAAAGGGAAUACGAGAUAAAUUCGAAACAGACUCACAGUCACAGCAAAGAAAAGACUGAUGAAGUAAUUACGGUCAGCGAGGCCGAUGAUGAUCAAAGGAGAGUCGCGAACCGAUCGAUGUUAGCAUUAUUAGACGAUACAAUGGGUAGCGACGAUAAAUGUGCCAUAGCUAGGAAAACUACUUCCAUAAUCCCUUGUAAUAAUAAUGACAAUAACAAAGCCGUAACUCCCGUAGUUAACAUAAGUAACGACCAAUCAUCCCGCGACAUUGUAACGAUAACCCCGGGUAAAGUUAGGAGCUUCGUUAAGUAUUACGAGAUUCGGGGCGACGCGACGACCGUCGAGAGACAUUCUAAAAGUAAAGAUAAAGAGAAAGUAAUUAAGCGUAAGUCCACGAAGAGCCAAGCGCCACCCGUUGCCGCGAGGAACUCGCAGCCGGAAGUAAUAAUGGAAGGAAAGGAAACAAAAUGCGGAAGCAGAAGCGUUAAAUCAAACAAUAUACUCGAAACGUCAUUUAAUAAAAAUCAAUUUUCGACGUUCGCCACGAAGGUCCCGGAAGCUUCUGCCGACGAUUCAAUUUGUAAAAUGGCGAAAGAGGAAUCGAAGGUGACGAGAGGGUACGAAAAGAGCGACUCGCACGUUAUUGACAAGGAGACACGUGCGCCACUCGCUAAAACUGGCGCGAAAAAAUCGGUACAGUUCCUGGGCGGUUUCACUGUGAUCCACUCGGGAACUUUCGACGAGGAUGAAUCCGCAGAGAUCGUUACUGACAACGACGCAAACACAUUGAGAAAGAGGCAAGCCCCCGGAAUACCGCCGUCGCGGGAUUCCGAUGGUUGCCAGGAACAUAUUCGCGAGAUCAAGAAAUCGGAGAAACUACCGGAUGCGGAAAAAAGUUCCUUUCAGCGACGGGAGGCCGUUGCUCAGAUACACGCAGUAACCAGUCACGGGAAAAAUUCAGGUAUUAAUUGCUUCGUUUCAAAACCAAAAACCCCGCAGCUCAUAAUUUACUGUACUAUAUAGGUAACACGUAGUCUUUUAUGAGCCGUUGCUCCGAGUCUCCAAAAAAUUAUAUCGCGUGUCGAUACGAAUCCCUGCGUUUCGAUUUCCGCCACCAAUCGAAGAAUAGAUUUUUACAAUGCUAUGCAACGUCUGCUAAAAAAUAAUUACGUUUAUUAAUGCAUACCAUGAAAAUCUUGAGUAUGUUUGAAUUCAAAUCUUAUUUCGAAGCCGAAGUCUUUUUAUUCUUUAUGUGCAACUCGUCGCAAAAUUAAAUUACUUUAAUAUAAAAAAAUGUAAAUCACAUUUUUCGGAAUAAAUUAAAUGUUUCACACGUGACAACUUUAUCUGUAUAAUAUUCUGCUGUAAAGAUAUCUUUGGUUAGAAUAAAAUUUUAAUCAAAAUGAUUCUGAGAUAAGAUAAAUAGAUUUACGUUAAAGUAAAAUUAUAGUUUCGGUUUAUCCGUUGGAAUUAUUCAUUCGGCUGGACUCUACGCGCUACGUGUCUUGAUAAACGAGAUACGCCACGUGCAAAAUUCAGUUCCAAUAAGCCGAUCGCGCGCAUCCUGAUAAAAGCGACAAGUGGAUUUGCAAUGACCAAAUUUUCCGUGUGUUCCGAAAGGAUUCGCUGUAAAUCGCCCAGCAAACAGACUCUUGCUGCUCGAUCCCAAGUGGUUUAACUGCACAGCGCGGUCUAGUUAUUCCGUGAACGAAUUCCGUCGAUUUAUGGAAGAAGAGAAUAGUUUUUUUUUUUUUU